AUGAAUGCAGAGGUAGAUAAGUUGAGUAGCAUUGGAUUCAUCAAAGAGGUGGACUAUCCCACCUGGCUAGCCAAUGUGGUGAUGGUACAUAAACCACAGAAGGGCUGGCGUAUGUGUGUGGACUACACCAAUCUUAAUCGAGCCUGCUCGAAUGAUAGCUUCCCUUUACCCCGCAUUGACCAGCUGGUGGACACCACAGCUGGCCACGCCCUCCUUAGCUUCAUGGAUGUUUACUCUGGGCUCAAGAAUACUGGGGCUACUUAUCAGCGCUUAAUAAACAGCCUCUUCGCUCCACUGAUUGGCAACACCAUGGAGAUUUAUGUUGAUGACAUGCUCGUCAAGAGUCGCACUUCUGACUAG